AUGGUCGCCAUGCCAGCCCCCCUCGCAAACCGACCUCUGCGGCUCUGGCCCCUGGCACCGGGCUUCAUUUCCCCCGAGGGCGCCGUCCGCAUCUUCCAGGAAGAUACCGGCUCCUGCGGGUACGGCAUCUGCCCGGACUGGGCGGCCCUGCCCGAGGACCAGAAGGAGGCGUACCGUACGCGGGCCGAGGCAAGACGUCACGAGGUAUGGGCUUGCUUGGAGAGGGCGCUAGUCCGGAAGGCCGGGGCGAAUUCUUCUUCUUCUUCUUCUUCUUCUUCUUCUUCUUCUUCUUCGCAGCAGCAGCAGUCGGAGAGGGCGCUGUAUGAGAAGAGUGCGUUGCUGGCGGAUAAGCCUGUGUAUAAGCCUGCUGAUAAGGAGGCGUUGGCGAGGGAGGCUGCUGAGAGGCUUGCUGCGAGGGCUCCUGCGCAGUGA